CUAGCUAUAUAUACUAGUCGCCUUGGCAAGCAAAUUACAUUGGUCUAUAAUUGGAAAACUCAGUUUCGUUCAUCUUUUCUAUUUGUGUUCCAGAUGCAAGUGUUUCUCCCAAAAGAAGUUUGUCAUUCUUUGCUGUCUCUUUAAAUCCCCUCCGUCUUGCUUCACCAUUUGAAGGCAAAUUAAAUACAACAUUACAAGGUUUAAAGUUUCAUUAUAAGUUGUAGUUCUUGACGGAAAGUGGUAUUUAAUUUCCGAAGCUGCAGUCUCAAAGUGGUAUAUUUUCUGAAGUCGUGUGGUACUAGAAGUAGAAGAAAUAUCUUGGUCCACUUAUUGUAAAGAUUGCCGCAUCGACCGUACAUAUCAAAAGUACACCUCAAGUUAUGGAUCCUGAGAUGCCGGUCAAUGAGAGGCAUCAAAAAGGGAAUUCAGGAAAUCCUUCCACGAAAACCAUGAAAGAUGGAGGAAAUUAUUUAAAAGACAUUCUUAAUCCAGAAGGGCCAUAUCCCUAUACAUGGAACAAAAUAUUUUUAGCAUCAUGUGUGCUUGCAGUGGGAACGGACCCUCUCUUCUUUUACAUACCAACUAUAUAUGACGAUAAGAAAUGUGUUGCAACCGACGACAACUUGAAGAUUGCAGCACUGGUUAUGCGAUGUUUCGCCGAUAUCUUUUACAUAACCGAUAUUUAUUAUCAAAUUCGAAACAGAUCAAUAAAGGCCAGUCCCACCAGGGCGCUUUCGCCAUAUUUCAUCUCAAUUGAUUUUAUGGCUGUUAUCCCCCUGCCACAGGCGAUAAUUCUGUUUUUAUAUUCCAAAGUGAGGGGCCCGAGAGCUUUGGAUAUAAGGAGAUUUUUGGACUUCCUUGUCUUUGCCCAGUAUGUGCUGAGGAUUGUUCGAACGUACCUAUCCACAAAGGAACUUAAAAGGACGCCUAGAGCACCAGGUCCACUGGUUCAUGGUCUAUUAAAUUUGUUUCUCUAUGUUACUGCCAGUCAUGUACUUGGAGCCUUUUGGUACUUCCUUUCGGCUCAACGACAGAUUGGAUGCUGGCGACGUGCCUGUAGACAUCAUGAUGGAUGUGAUUCUGCAACUUUCGAUUGUAACGAGAAUACUUUGGCUAAUCGGACAUUUCUAAAUGAUUUUUGCCCUGUAGACCCACCCAAUGCAACAGUGUUCGAUUUUGGAAUAUUUCUUGAUGCCCUUCAGAAUGGCGUGCUUGGUCCAAUGGAUUUUCCAAAAAAGUUUCUCCAAUGUUACUGGUGGGGUCUGCGAAAUCUGAGUUCUUUCGGUUCAAACCUGGAUACUAGUACUUUUGCAUGGGAAACCUGGUUUGCAAUUCUUGUUUCUGUUAUUGGCUUGCUUCUGUUUCUGUAUCUUAUAGGAAAUCUGCAGACAUAUAUGCAGUUGGCCACGGCAAAAUCAGAGGAAAUAAGACAGACCAUGUUAUCAAAAGAACAAGAAAUCGAAAUGAUGUACCAUGACAAGCUGAGCGAUUAUAUAAAAAUAGCGUUAGUGCAACAUAUUCAACAGGCAGAUGAAAAUAAAAAAUAUGUUGAUUUGGAACAUUUGUUGGAUUCUUUGCCGAAUCAAACACAGGAUGAAAAGAAAAAGAAGGCUGAGCUAGAGUUGGUAUGUAGGAAGUUGAUAAACACAGGAUCCAGAAGAAAGGAACAUGAAAUGCAAUUGAAAAUGCUAAGCACAAGGUUGUGGAUGAAAGAAAAUAACAUCCCAGAAGAUAUGAAGCCUACUCUCCUGCAACAUGUACGAUGCAGAUUGGAAGACAACAAAGAUAUCGAUCUGAGGAAUAUGCUCUCUAUUCUUCCACGUGAAGAUAAGAAUAUGCUAAAGAAGCAUUUUUGUUUAGCUUCCAUAAAGAAAGUGCUAACUCCUCAAAGUAUGGGAAUAAAAGUGCGUGAAACUUUCAUAAGCUAUCUCAAGCCGACGGUGUACAGCGAGAACAGCUACAUUAUUAGAAAGGGAGAACCACUGGAUUUGAUGCUUUUUAUCAUAGAAGGCGUCGUAUGGAGCUUCACAGCUUAUGAUGACAACGGAAGCAAUAAUGUUUUCAGAAGCUUUAAGCGUCUAGAUAAAGGUGCUUACUAUGGAGAAGAAUUUCUAAAUUGGGCAUUAACGGUGUCUGGUUUUGAUUCAGAUUCCAGCUUCCCCAUUUCGUCUUUAAAUGUCAGAUGCCACACAAAAGUUGAAGCCUUGGUUCUUACAGCCAACGACCUGAUGGCUUUUAAACGUAAACAACAAUGGCUUUUGGAAUGGGCAUGUCUUGUGUUACAGAACGCAUGGCGCCACCAUAAAACAAAAAAACCCCAAAUGAGGCUUCUCAUCCAUUGAAGGGUGGCUAUUUACCAAGUUAAAGCCAUCUAAGACGACUACGCUGCACCAGCUAAGGGAUAUAUCAAAGCAACAAAAAUGGUACUAGUAAUUGUUGUUGUUGUUUAGUUAGUAUUAGAUAUAUAUAUAUAUAUAUAUAUAAUUUUGCUCUCUAUGUGAUGUUCUCUAUAACGGGACUACAUAUAUACUGUGUGUUUGUGUGAGAGUAUCUAUCAAAAACAAAAAAAUAAAAUAAAAUUGUUUAGUACAUGUAAUCAAUGAAAUUAAUUUGUUAGUGGAUGUUUUCUUAU